AGCACUGACUUCGACUAGGCACACGGGAAGUUGAAACACGCGGCAGCAGAUUUAUAAUUUAUUGCCACACCGACGCGGGUGGAUUUAGAAGCGGAGGGGUGGGUGAGAGCCCGGGGGAAGGGUCUCCUUCAUUCAUCUUAAUAGGGGAGCGGGCGAACCUCGCAUUCAAUGCAUUAGCCACAUCUUUAAGCAUCUCUUUACACAGCUGAAUGCAAAGAACCACGGGGGCUAACCGCACGCAUAUGAAUUGCAGUUUGUUGACAGAUGGUCUGGGGAGUAGACCCAACUGCUGUGAAAGUUUUCACGCAUGCAACCCUGCUCUGCAUGCAAAAUAUUCAUGUUUAGAGCUCAUUGAAACCACAGAGAAGUGCAGCUAGCCCAGCCCUUUACUCAAAAGCUUAACGAUUGGACCCUCACUUCAUUUGUAAGGGAAGGACCUGUGGUAGAGCACCUGUUUUGCAGCGUUCGGAGACUGUAAACCCUGGAGAGGGUGUGCGGACAGUACAAAGAUGGGUAGACCAAUGGUACUCUGCCCUUCUGAUACUCCUAACUAACCACUGUUUGGAGUGGCCUGGGAUAUUACAUGUUUGGGGGUGAGUGGUUGAGAAUCCACCAUGCACUGUCUCAGCACAAGGGGGCACUUCUUUCAUUCGCCCCAUUUCACAGAAGAACCCCCUAACGAGAAAUGAUAUAGAGAGCGGGCAUUAAUUAUUUCCACUUAAAAUUUGAACACACACAAGCUCUGUGGACAGAAGGCACAGGUGGAAUCAACCUCACUGCUGCUCAGCCCAUAGUGGCCUUUACAGUUUCCCCUCUAAAUCUACAUUUCCCAGGAUUCAUAGGAGUGUCUUGGGUUUGAGUUCUGGAAAAAACUACUAAGAAGCAAACAAUGUCAAUUGGCGAGGCUCCAAAUUUGAGCCUACUACAAUUCAGCUUUUGGCUCCGCCUCCACGUUUUAACCAAUCCUCUCUGUCCGAACCAAACUGAGAGUCGAACCGCUCCCUAAGAGAUCUCGCGAGAGUUCUCCUGUCUUUCACGCGAGCAAGGAAACGAAGUUAGCGCAGCGACGGAAGGGAGGGGGCGGAGCCUAGGUGUGCGUGGUAGCGUCGAGCUCUUUCCGGUUUUUUUCCUAGGUCGCCGGAAUCUCCUCUCAGGGAAGCCAGUGAACUUCCGAUUGUCACCGCGGUCGCCGCUGCCGGAGGAGCGAAGCGAAUGGGGGACCCCCGGGGAGCAGGGGCCGAGUCGGGCCUAGCAAGGAAAAGCGACCCGGGGGCACCCGCGCCUGGCCCGGCGUCGCUGAAGGGCGAGCGAGAAGAGCCGAAUCAGGUACCCUCACUCCGCGUAGGCGGCUGUUGACCUUUACGCGCGCGCGCUCCCACACAGCGCACCCUCCCUGGCCUCUGUGCUUUCGGUGUCUCCCCGCCAUAGUCACUUACCCACGUUGCCAAAUUAACGUGGAACCCGCGUGUCGGACCCUCACCCCCCCCCCCGUCGCUGUCUUAAAGGAAAGGAGCGGGGGCAAGGCGUGAAUGAGCGCCCGUUUCUCCUCACACGCUUCGAGUUCAAGGUUGGGCCCCUCCUGGGAGAGAGAGAGAGUUGAAGUCAGAGUUCACGUUCAGCUGUGCCUCCAAAUAAGCGAAGUGACGAAUUUCUAAUGUCGUCUCUCCCUGCCACCCCUGUCGUGCCCCCCCCCUUCCUUUUAUGGUUCCCCUUGUACUGUUUUUAUGUUCACUUCUGGCAGCUGGUAAGUGGGUAAGAGUAGCAAGGGGGAUGCUGCGAAAGGACCAAUGCCGAAAGGUCAAAACAAUACACAGUGAUUGUGUAACAAAACUGUUUCUUUUAAAGACGGAGCUGUUUUUAUUCUGUAGCCCCGUGAGUGUACUAAAUGGCAUUCCUGAAAUGGUUUUAGGUGCAUCUUGGUGGUUGUCCCUGCUUUGCUCAUUGUAAUCUUGCACUGUGGUGAGUAGACACACGGCAUAGUGGCCAUAGCACUAUGUCAUAGCUGUCAACCUUCCCUUUUUUUGUGGGAAAUUCCCUUAUUCCAGUGCCGUUUCCCGCUGCUUCCCGUUGCUAUCCCAGAUUGUUAGAUAUCCCGGAGACUGUCCCCGGGACAGGUGAGGCUGCUGAUCCCUUAUUUUCAAAUCUGAAAGUUGACAGCUAUGCACUAUGUGGGGCACCUCAUGUUGGGGAGCCCUAGACGGUUUUGCCAUGUUUGCCCUCUCCCCACCCCUGAAAGGUCUUACUUCCUUAGGGCCCAUAGCAGCUGGAGGUGCAGGGCAGCCUUGCCAAGGAGUUAGGCACCUGGGUUAGCUUCUUUAUUGAAGGUUGUGACUUGCAUCACUUAGCUGAACAAUACGAUUGGAAUACCUACGUAACAUCUCUUCACCACUGUACAGUGGUGAAUGCAUGAAAUCUUUCUGAGGUUGCACAAAUAACAACCGCUCUCUUCAUUACUGGUGUGAUGAGAACCUUUCUACUUUGUAUUUUGUGGGGGAUCUUUUUAUGAAAGAAGCAAGCGCUGUGAAAUGGAGACACUAAAUUAUUAUGUUGGGGUGACAUUGCCUUAGUUCAGCACUCACCAUACAAGGGAGUUAAAGGCAUUCCUACAGGGGAUGGAUUUUCUCUGAAUCUUGGAGUGAGAGUGAUUUGUGUGGGUUUCUCAUAGACUUUCAAUGGCUGCAGUGGGUCACUCUUGUUCCACCCACAUACUAUAAAUUAUUGCCUCUUUAGGUACAGAGUACACAAGAAAGGAGAUCAUGAGAAAAUUUGGUGUGCACCAUUUCUCAAAUGUACUUGUAGGAAAACAUGAUACAUUCAUACAAAGCUGCAUCUAAACCAUGGGUAGGCAAACCAAGGCCUGGGGGCAAGAUCACCCAAUCACCUUCUAAAUACGGCCUGCAGACGGUCCGGGAAUCAGCGUGUUUUUACAUGAGUAGAAUGUGUGCUUUUAUUUAAAAUGCAUCUCUGGGUUAUUUGUGGGGCAUAGGAAUAUGUUCAUUCCCCACCCCAAAAUAUAGGCCGGCCCCCCUUAAGGUCUGAGGGACAUUGGACCAGCCCCCUGCUGAAAAAGUUUGCUGACCCCUGAUCUAAACUUUAAAAAGCAAGCCAUUAUAAAUAUAGUUGGCAGAUUGUCUGGGCAGAGUUUGGGCGUGCAGGACUUUUUAUUGAAUGGGAAAAUACAAUACAAGCAGGAUGUUAUAAUACCUGUAAUUGUACUCUGAUCUCCUUAUUCUAACCAAACUAUUUAUUGUUUGUGCAAACUAGGGUUCUGUGCUGUUUCUUGGGGGCAAUGAAGUGAAGAGCAGUGCUGUGGUAAAGUAUUCAUCUGCUCCACCACAAGCAGCAUUUGCCCGCCUUCAAGAGAAGACUGAUCUGAAACUUCCGCCAGCGAAUUGGUUACGCGAAAGUGCCAAACUGGGACCAGCAGGGGCAACUAUUCUUGGUAAUAGCAAGAAGGGCAAGCCAUUUUCAAGGUAAAUAUUGGAAAUAUUAUUUAUCCCCACUCAACCUAUAGAAAAGUUGCCCAAGUUUGAUUAAAAGCAAAUAAUGAAAUACUACUUAAAGAAAUGUGACAAGUUAGUCAGAGUACUUAACUAUUAAAAAAAGAUAACAUACAUACUUUCAUAAAAUCAAAAGGUUACAAAAAUAUCAAACAUUUUAAUUUUCUUUUUUUUAAAAAAAUGAAGCUAGUUAGGUAGUAUUUGUGUAUCCUAUUUCCUAUCAACUAUUUGGCAAGGGGAGCUUUUCUUUUCAUUUACGAAAGAGUCUGUGAAUACAGCAGAUGCUUUUGCUUACAGAAUUAUGGAGAAGCUAUUUUUACUGCUUCCUGUGGCAUCACACAUUGUUCCAGAAAGUCCUCAGGUCCUCUGACCCAAGUGAUUUUGGCAAAAAUAUCAUUUUACCCUUUCAUGAGUUGAGUUCACUCAAGGAUAUCUGGAUCCAACACUAAGAGAGAGAAAAAUCUUGCUAUGUAAUAGAUUUGUAAUGAUGAUUUGACAUGUACCUAUAAAUAUAUUUAUUUAUACAGUACUUUAACUAAUACAAUUCUGCUUCAAUAGAAUGCAAUUUUAGUUACUUUUAAUGUUACACUUUACAUUUUUUAUUUUUAAAAAUAGCUUUGGCAUGGCGUAUGAUUUUAUUGACUCAAUUGGAAAUGAUGUGGAUGUUGUAUCUGAUUCUGAGGUAUGUAUACAUUGCAAAUAAAGACUUAACUCAAAGUUGUUAUUAAUGAAAUUAAGUUUUUUAAAGCUCUUACCUUUGGAAAAGAGAGCCUUUUGAUGAAUAGCCAUAAUGAACUGGGUUGUGAUUUUGAUAAUUAAAUGCUUUACUUUUAUUCAACAAUUUUACCUGCAUUAGUGUAUCAUGUAUCAGCAAGCUCACAAUGUGUUGACAGCAUGAAAGGUGUACUUCUGUCAGUAUUGAGAUUUUAUAUUGCUUUUUAGAAGAAUAGUGGCGUAGUGCAUGUCAUCUAAUUUAAGAAUGCGUAAGUGUCAUCUAUUAUACAAUGGGUUGGAUACAAAAGUGCCAUUCUGUUCAUUCAAGGGGCUUGCAUCAAGCAGAGCUUCUGUAAAUAGAAGUGUACGUGUUGGUGAUGUUUGUGAUUCCUACUUCUGUCUGCAUUCUCUCGAAUCACUUUCAACACUUCUGGUAUGUGCAUGUACACUUCUGGACAGGGAGCUACAAAGCAGAGCAGCCGAAAUUCUGAUCCACUUCGAAGUAUAAAUUAAGAAUAAACUCUUUGCACAAUUAAAGUUUUUAUAAACUGCUGAAGAGCAGGGAUGGGCAUCAUAUAGUAAUAAUUGUUUUAAGCAGUUUGUGUCAUCAUUUCUGAAAUUAGAACUCUCCCUCAUGGAGCUGUCACAGGCUGCUUGAAUUUUUUCACAUAUUUACACAUUAUAAUGGUACCGUUAGUGGCUAAAAUAUUAAUUAAAUCCUACUUUUAGUAUUACUGACUCUUGUAAAGGUACCACUGAAAGAUCAAAUAAGAGUUGAAAGUAUCCAGUUGCUGUUGUGCCAGUGCAGAUAUCUAUAUUACACAAGUAAGAGAGGCUGUAACUUUACUGAGUAUCCAUGACUGCCGCUUCACAUAAGAAAUUCCCUUUUACCACAUGAGGGUUAGAAGAUUACAAACAGGAGGAUUAGAAACUCUCCUUUCCCCACCCAUCACUUUUUCAACUCUGACAUUACCUCACCCCAAACCAUGAUUUGACCUUUCUCAUACUCAGACAAGCUAUGUUUCAUGGCUGCUUUUUUGCUUCAUUUUUAAUUUGAUCAGCACUCUAGUCUCUAGGUACAGCAAGAACACAUAACUCAUCUGUCAACUCAGACAUCCUGUCAAACCAUAGCUAAUUGGAGUAUAUUUGGAUAGGAUGGGUGGGACAGAGAAAAGUAAGUUCUGUUGCAUGAGCAGAAGUCCACUCAUCGGACAUUGGAGGUCUUCUACUGUCUGAUUCUGGUUUGCCAAUUGAUUGCUGUAUUACCAGUUUGAUUGACAUAUAGCAGAGCAGCCCAAUUUUUCAUACCAGGUGGGCUGCAAGAGUACUUUGACAUAGAACCUGCAGGCAACACACUACCUUGUUGUGCAUGGAAGAGCGUGUUGCAAGGGCAGAUUUGACACCCCACCCCCCAGGCUGUGUGUGUGUGUGUGUGAGAGAGAGAGGAGAGAGAGAGAGAGAGAGAAAUGUUGCUGAGGGCUGCCAAGAAAAACCUUGAGGGCCGCCAAAAAGGCACAUGGCCCUUCAGCCACACAUUGAACCACCCAGAGAUACAGUGGUACCUUGGUUCUCGAACUUAAUCCACUCUGGGAGUCCGUUCGACUCCCGAAACCAUUCAAAAACCAAGGCACGGCUUCCGAUUGGCUGCAGUAGCUUCCUGUACUCAAGCAGAAGCCACGUCGGAGGUUCAGUUUCCCAAAAAACGUUUGCAAAACCGAAACACUUACUUCCGGGUUUGCAAUGUUUGGGAGCCAAGCCGUUCGAGUACUAAGGUACCACUGUAUAUGAUUCGAUAAUUGUGGUCUAAAGUUGAUGCUUUUAUUAAAUGUAUUACUGUCCAUUUUGACCCAUGUAGAAAAUAUACUUAAAUGUUUGAAAAUGAACAGAAAAGUUUGUCUAUCUUUUACUCUGCAGAAUAUUAAAAAGCUUCUUAAGAUACCAUACAGCAAAUCUCAUGUCAGUAUGGCAGUACACCGGAUUGGGAGAACUCUCUUACUAGAUGAUCUAGAUAUUCAAGAGCUCUUUAUGAGAUCAUCACAGGUGAUAAACUUUGUCGUAGUUAUUUCUUUGGCCAUAUAGUGUUUCCAUUUCUUGUUUAAUGUUGCCUUUUCCCUCAAUGACAUAGGAAUUAUGGAUGUGUAGCUAUCUGCUUAGCAAUACAAUAGCUAUGCUAGAGAGUUUGAUACAUCUUGGAUUAUGACCCAGAAAAUGUCCAUCAGUGCUUGAUCUUCAUAAAGCCACUUUCUUUUACAUUUAGUACUGUUUCUUAAAAUGAAAUGCAAGUAUCAUGUUCUUUGAAAUAUACACUAAAACAAUUAUUUAAGAACUUAGAUGUUGAAGUUGUAAAAAUGUAACUCUUUAAAAUAGAUAUGAAAUGCUUUAUUUUAUACAAUAUCGUGUUCAUUGAAUAUCUUUAGUCAGGUAACUAAAACACUUUACAAUAUUAAUUGUAUUCUUUUUUAUUUAUAUUACUUAGACUGGAGAUUGGACAUGGUUAAAGGAAUUCUACCAGAGAUUAAUAGAUCAGAAGUGGCAACGAAAGAAGAAGAGCAAAGAACACUGGUACCAGAAAGCUAUACUUUCCAAAUUUUUAUACUACAGGUAUCUUUUGUAAUUUUCCCCCAUAAACUCUGUUCUGUUUUUUCAAAAUUAAUUGAUCCGCUUUGUGUUUUUCCUGGUAUGCAUCUACGCCUGAAGUAAAAAUAAGUUUUUCAAAACUUGUGCCACAAGUUUUUUUUCUACAGAAGACUAAUAUGGCUGGCCCUUUGGAAUUUAGCAACCAGUUCAUUGUUCUUGAACAUUAGCUGAAAUGCAGACAAAAGCAAGUGCAAAGUGAUCUUCUUGACUCAUUCCUCGCGGUUUGCCACCAGACAGCAUUCCCCAUCCUCAAGGGGGGGGGGCUUCAUUUUUGUCUUUCACAAUGUAUAUUUUAUGGUUGUAGGCUGCUGUGAAUUUCUUUUUUGGGGGGGGAGGCAGCAGAAUAUAAACUUUUAAAAGAAUAUUGGAGAAGUGCAAGGGCCUGCUGCAAAAGGGAGAGCUUAAAACACCCAUGAGUGUGCAGCUGUUUGAAACUGCGUGGUAAAAAAUGGGGGGCUUUAAAAUGUGGUGUUUUGAACAUGAUUUAUUUUUAAUUCCAUUUUCCCCCUAAGGGCCAACUAUAAGAGCUAAGGGAAUUAAAUGAUCUUGAGUUAGGGCUGAGCAGUGAGAUGGCCAAGUUUGCUGCUGAUGCCACAUUAUUCAGGAUGGUAAAGACCAAAAGGGGAUUGUAAGGAGCUCCAAAGGAUAUCAAUAGGCAUCAAGAGGAAAAUGUGUUCAUUGUCAGUUAGUGUAAACUGAUAUAUAUUUGGGUAACCUCCGCCCCCAAUUCACAUAUACCCUGAAGGGGUCUGAGCUAGCAGCGGUUGUGGUAGAAAGCUCAGUAAAAAGAUUGAACCAUGUGUGGCAGCUAUGAAAAUAGCAAAGUCCAUAUUGUUGGUGGUGGUUAAUUUAUAUACUGCUUAAUUACCAAGGUGGCUUCCAUGCAGUUUACAGAAUAAAAUCAAUUAUAAAAAAAGGUAUGCACAUAAUUUAAACACAAGAUAAAACAAUUUUAUCACAACAUUAGAAUGAACGUCACAAGUAAAAUGUGCAGAAAAGCAGCACAGCAAUUAAAUCUGUUAAAACAGGAAAUAAAAAAAGGGUCAGGUCAGGAAAUGUCGAGGAUAAAUAAGGAAAGGUUGUUUAGUGGAUGUUUAGUGUUGGCCAUUAUUUUAAUAACACAUAAAAGAAAUCAAAUAAGGAACUCUCAAUAUUUGACAUCUCUUAGGUUUUUUCAGAAUUGUUUGCACUGAAAAGAUAUACUACUAUAUUUGGACUUACCUGUAUCAUGAAUCAUUGCAUUAUGUUGCUGUGAUCUUCAUCUGUACUAUACUGCAGUUGUUUUCUUUUAUUUUCUUUUUUGUAAAAUUUAAAUUUAAGAAAAUACUACAUAGGGGGGGAAACAAAUACUGUACUGACAGACAUGUUGGGUGGCCAAAAGCCCCAAUGUUGCUAUUAUCUGCUUCUGGAAAUCAAAAUAGAUGAUAGCAAAUAAUAAGAUGCGAAAAGAGUCCCAGAUGUGUUUGAUUUUGAUAUCAUAUUAAUAGUAACAAUAAACAAAUACUCAAUGUUAAAUGGUACGGGUUGAGAAGUUUCUGACUAAAAUUGUAAUGUCUGUUUUGUUAGCAUCAAUGGUGAUGGAGCUGCUCAGCCUGUUCCUCCUGAAGAGCAACAUCAGGAAGAAACAACUGAAGAUCAAACUGCCGAAGCAGGACGGGUUUCUUGGCCAGCCCCUUUUGAAAUGCCUUCCUCACUUUCUGAAGAUGCAAGUGCUUCUAAUCAGGUUAAUUUGGCAGGUGCCUUACUUAGAAAAGCAGUCUUGAUGCUUCAUAGGCAUGCUUGUAAAGAUGGUGGCAAUAUACUAAAAGAAAGAGUAAACAAUUAUUUUGCAGUGCCCAGUCCAAAUACUGGAAAAUAGUUUCCCAUGAAAUCUUAGUUUACUUUACAUAAACAGUUACUAUUCAGAAGGGGUCAGGUGGUACGAAACUGAGAGCAAAUAUUUAGAGUGCAAUCUUGCAUAUACAGUUCACCAGGGUUCAGCAUUGCUGUGCACCUAUGGAGAGGCUUUAUUGCGAGCCCGUGACUCUACUGUCUUAGCUGCCACUGCUGCCUGUUCCUGCCUUUGUGGUGAUUGUGUUUGGGCCUAACUUCAGUCCUCUGCUCCCAUCAAUGUGUGUAUUGCCCAUGGUGGUGGCAGUGGCUCCUCCAUUUCUUCCCCCUGCACAUCUUCCUGAGCAGUAGAGGGUAAACAGUAGUAGCUGCUGCUGCUGCUGUUAGUUUAUCUGCCACUCAAUGAGUCGUGGUGGCUGUUAGAAGCAGAAGCAGCUAUCACUUGAGAGGGAGCAUGGAUGGCUGCUGCUAGUCACUAUUGCUGGUUACCUGUUUGCCAAAGUAAGCUAGUGAUUUCCUGCUGUCUUCCUCUGUUGAUGGUAAUGGUUGCUCCUUGCAGGAGACAUUUUCACGGUCCACUUUGGUGGCUGUUUGGCGGCAAGCAACAGUUGCAGCUGCCUGCCUCUGUCCAUGGGGAGAGGGAACACAACAAAACCUGAUGCUAGUGCUGAAUGCACACAUAGUUGUGGGAAAGUCCUGUUGAAGUCACUGUGACAUACUUCUCAGUUAGCAUGCUUUGGAUUGCACUGCUUAUGGUUUGGUUCGAAUGCGUUUCAGCACAGAUGACAAAGCUUGUUGAUCAGUUUUCUCACAUAGAAAAAAGUUGUGAGAGAAGAUUUGAGAAAGAUGGACUCUGCUUUCUGUUGUGGUGCAGUUGGAGUUUACGUUUGUUGCUUUUUUGUUUGUUUGUUUGUUUGUUUGGCAGAACUGGCUCAAACUAGAUUUUGAGUAAUACUUUUACCAAAGCUAUAUGAGGGUUUUAUACAACUUUUUCCUUUUGCCAGAAGCAAAUGUAAUUUGCAGGCACAGGAACUUCUUCAGAAUGGAUUAAGCUUGCCAGAUUGCAGGUCUGGGAGCUUCUGUGGGAGAGAUAAAAGAAAUUCCUCCAUAACUCUUAUUAGGGAAAUGCCUUUAUCAGGCCCGCUAAAGGUGUAAGAUCCAUAUUAGUUUCAUGUGGUUUUUUUGGGGGGGGGAGCAGUUGUUUGUUUGUUUCUUAUCUUUAAAUAAUUGAAAGCUGGCUAAGUGUUGUGUGUACUCUUUAGAAAACUUUGCAUCUUCAAACUAGCCAGAAGUCUUUCCAGUACUUGUUUGUGUUGGGAGGACACAUCCUCCAAAAUGUAUUACAGGAUCAAUCUGUCCCUAUGCUGUCUGUUGAAUAGCUCUGGAAGAUUUCCCCCCUCAAGCAGAGUAGCAUAUGAUUUUUUAAAAAAAAGUUAAAUGAAACUUUAAUCUUUUUUAAAAAAAAUCAACCACUUCUCAUCUUUAACAAAUAAAAAAUAAAAAAAUUCAGUAAUCUUCAGUGCUCUACAGGCAGCAUUUUCUUGCAAAAUUCAUUGUCCUAGAGGAGAGAAUCAUAGAGAAAUAGGAAGGCAUAGAAAUAUAAAAAACAGAAAUACUGAGUGGUUUUGUGGGGGCCCUGAUCUGAUCUGUAAGUGGUGGUCUGACUUGGGGAGGGGUAAAAUCACUCCAAUUCACCUCAGUAAUUUGCCCCAGUGCAGGGUGGUUGCACAGUGAACAAAACCUUUGACAGUUUGAUCAUCUGCUACAUACGUUACUUAAACCAAGCUUACUUACUCUCAGCAGUAGAAUCACUUAUAUCCUUGUGCUUUUCACAGGGAAGUGUGCCUCAUGAACCCUCAUAUGUAGUGGGGGAUGUGUCCUCAGUCCCCAAAGAACAAAACCUAUCUACUUUGUUCAGUGACGGGGGAAACAGUCAGGUAUGGUUUUAUGUGGCAUCUGAUCUAAAAAGUACAAUCCCCUUACUCAGUUUGAUCUACAGGGUAGCUGAGAGAGAAAUUUCACUUGUACCAAUUGUUUUGUGACAUCUGUGAUCUUGAUCUUUAUUGUGAAUGACCAGCAUAGUCAUUAUGCGCUGUACUUAAUUUUCUUUCCUUGAAAUUUGCUUUAUUGCAUAUAUGCAGGCUGUAUUGUAUUUUUCUUUGUGUAAAGAGAAUGGUUUCAAAUGCUUCACUAUUUCCUCUGCACAUUUAAAGGGUCUUAAAAAUGACUUUGUUCGGAACAUCUUGUGGACAUUUGAAGAUAUUCACAUGUUGGUUGGAUCAAAUAUGCCUAUAUUUGGAGGAGGAAGAUACCCAGCUGUGAGCUUGCGUCUCAGGUGAAUUACUAAUCACUUAAAAGCAGUGCAACAUAUUUUAUAAAGCAGACUAAUUUUGCUGUUUGGUUCACUCUGUGUGUCUAGCAUGAUGAUUAAUCGUGGUUUUGUGAGCUGGGAUAUUGUUUAUACUAUGGGGUACCUAUCACCAGCAUGCUGUCUCUGGCAAUCGUUAUGUUGUCUGAUAAAGAUUCUGAGUUCCCACUAACUUGAGGGCCAGAGUCUACUCAGAGUGGCCAUACUCAGAGUAGACCCAUUGAUUUCAGUGGGACUACUUUGAGUAUGGCUAUAGCCCCGUACAUUUAAUCUUGAUUUGACUUCUUUACUACUUUGAGAAGUUAUCAGAGUUAUUUUGAAACCUUUAAACAAACCAUCAUCUGUAAAGUGUUAUAAAGACUUUAUAAGGCCACAGUCCUGUGCACGCUUACCCGGAAAUACAAUAUUUUAAUUAAUCUCACAUUUGCAAUCUGCCUUGAGAUUUUGAGAGAGGCUAGGGUGGAAAUCAAAAUAUUGCCUGUUUAAAAAGCCUUGAUAGAUUUAUUUCCUGUAUUUUGAUGACACUCCCUGCUCCUGUUGUUUUGUAUUCUUUCCAUGUAUUUCCCCCAAAUAUUUAUUAUUAUUAUUUAUUCAAUUUAUAUACCACUCUUUAUCCAGAGAUCCCAGGUUGGUGUACAACAUUAAAAACAUAAUUUACACAUCUUCAAAAUAAAGACAUAAUACAUGACAUAAUAAUACACAGUAUAAUUUUAAAAAUACUCAUAAUAGCAUUCCUCCAGAUUUAACAGGCCAUAGAUUAUUUAAUGGCCAAAGGCCUGGGUAAAGAGGAAUGUUUUUGCCUGGCUCCUAAAGACAUGUAAUGAUGGCACCAGGCAAGCCUCUAUGGAGAGAGCAUUCCACAGACGAGGAGCCCCCACAGAAAAGGCCUGUUCUUGCAUUAUCAACCUCGAGAUCUGUCAUGGAGCAGGCACAUGAAGAAGGGCUUCAGAUGAUGAUUGCAGGGUCCGAGUCAGUUCAUAUGAGGCAGUCCAGCACUUUGAAUUGGGCCCGGAAACUGAUGGGCAGCCAGUGCAGUCAGGCCAGGAAUGGUGUUAAUAUGCUCAAACCAUCUUGCCCUGACUGCCCAAUUCUGCACCAGCUGAAGUUUCCAAACCAUCUUCAGAGGCAGCUCCAUAUAGAACACAUUGCAAAUAAUGUAACCUAGAGGUUACCAGAGCAUAGGCAACAAAAGUUAGGCUAUCCCUGUCCAGAUAGGGGUGUAGCUGGGCCACCAGCCAAAGCUGACAGAAGGCACUCUGUGCCAAGGCCACCUGGGCCCCAAGUGACAGCAAUGGAUCCAGGAGCACUCCCAAGCUAUGUAUCUGCUCCUUAAGAAGGAGCAUAACCCCAUCAAGAACAGGCAGUCUCCCAUCUAUCCAGUCUAGGGAACCACCCAGUAACAGUGCCUCUACCUUACUUGGAUUAAACCUCAGUUUAUUGGCUCUCAUCCAGUUCAUUACUGAGGCAAGACACCAGUCCAGGACAUCAGCUGUCACACCUGUAGUUCUUAAAGGAGAAAUAGAGCUGUGUGCCACAUAGGGUGUAUGUGUAAACAUGUAAUCACAGUUCUUUCUUCCGCACAAUUGGGACUGUGGUGGCUUAUGCUUUUCUCACUUCUGGCCUCUAUACCUCACCUGGAGACUACUCUUUCUCCCUACAGGUGAUUCCCUAACUUACUGGUUCUUAAAGUGUUGCCUUAGAAAUGCUUCUCAUAAACUUUUUUUAUUCACAGUCUCAACCUUUUAACACAGUGCUGUAGCCAAUACCAGAAAGUAAAAAAGCAGUUCUUGUUUAAAAACCAUGUGUUUUGUGCUUUUCUCAGCCUUUGUAUGUACCCUACUGACUAAAAUGUAUUACAGAUACUCUAUGAAUUUUGAACCUAACUGAAGGGGAACAAAGUUUCUAUUUGUAGAUUUUAAUGAGUCUGAUUCAUUUUACUGAAAUAACACUACAUAUAUUUCUGUUUGUAGGGAUAACAAUAAACCAAUUAAUGUGCUAACUGGCAUUGACUAUUGGCUGGACAAUUUGAUCUGCAAUGUGCCAGAACUUGUGAUGUGUUUCCAUGUUAAUGGAAUUGUUCAGGUAAGCUUUGAGUUCUGUUGCUCUGAUUACUGUAUUUGUUCUUGGUCAGUAAAAUAUGAUUGCACAAUUGUUAAGCCACAGUUUUCAAGCAGGUUUUUUUCACUUAGAUGACAACCGGUUUAGGGCAUUGGUGUAUUGAAAAGGAAUAUUUUGUUGAUACUACUUCAUAAGCACAUUCAGACUUCGCAAGAGAUUUUAGUGGGCACAUUAAUAAUGAAAUUCUUAAACCACAACAAAAAUACGAAAGGUGCAUUGGGUUAGUGUGUAUGACUGUUAACCAGAAGGUUGGUGGUUCAAACCCACCCAGACAAGGUUGUGGGCCAGAUUCCUGCAUUGCAGGGGGCUGGAUUAGAUGACCCUCAGGGGAAUGUUCCAACUCUACAGUUUUCUGAUUCUAAGAAUGCAUGGAAGGCAAUUACUUCCUUGUAGCAUAAACAAUACUUCUAAUUGGUUGUUUUGUUUAUUUUAGAAAUACGAAAUGAUUAAGACAGAGGAUAUACCCAACUUGGAAAACUCAAAUUUCUCUACCAAAGUAAUAAAAGAUAUUGCUCAAAAUAUUUUAUCAUUUCUGAAAGCUAACUGUACCAAAGAAGGGCAUACUUACUGGCUGUUUAAAGGUGAGCAUUUUUCCAUUUUUCUUUAAAGGUAACUUGCAGAAUUACCAUGAUUUAGGUUAGGGAAGAUUCCUAGGUUCAUAGACAAUUGCACAAUAUAUGGUGCCAGUAUUUUUGCCUCUUUCCUGAGGGUCUCUGCUGGGCAUCUGGCAAUGUAGAUGGUGCCCUGUCUCUCCCUUCUUUCUUUACUUCCUCCCUCCCCAUAGCAUGUGGUGGCAGCAUGUUGUGUACACAUACUAGGGUGCUCCUGCCACAGACCCAUGCUCUGUUAGACUAGGGGCAGCAACUUGGGCUGCUCUGGUAGCUCAGGAAAAGAGCAACGUCUUAUUACAUGCACAAUGUACCAACAGACAGGAACAGAAUGUUGCUCCCUCUUGUUUUUUGUGCUUCCUUCAUUCCUACUUUUGUGAUGCUAGGAGGGAGGAGCUUGGAAGCGGAGCAAGGAUUAGGGAGUCUAAACUGAGAUCACUCUAGCCAUUCUGUCUCGUCUUGUUCUUUCCUUGUUUGAUAAUACUGGAGUGUGACCAAAAAUUCUAGUUUUUCCUUAUUUUAUUGUAGGACCCAUACUUUUUCAAGCAUACACUUAUGGAAAAAAUAUUUUUCUUUCAGCAAGUGGAAGUGAUAUCGUAAAGCUGUAUGACCUGACCACUCUCUGUGAAGAGACAGAAGAUAAAUACCAAAACCCCUUCACGAUGCCAGUGGCAAUUCUUCUUUACAAGUAAGUUUGCUUUGUAUGGUUAGUACUAUAAACACAGGAAAAGGUCUGAAUGAUACUGUUCAGCUUGAGGAUUACAACCCAAAUCUAUGCAAUCUGUAGAACACAUGGGAGAGUGCUAGGCUUGUAGCCCCACUGCAGGAAGUCAAGAAAGCUAGCAUUUCUCUGCUUCUGUACUGGCGUACUUUGCCGUUGUAGCAGGAUGGUGGCAGAAGUCACUAUGGGCAUGCUAAAGAGAACUUCAUGAUAUUGGUAGAGAACUAUUAUGAAGCUGUAUUGAGAGAGAAAAAGUGAAGUGGGGCUGAAAGUGGUUUCUUAACUUCACUGUAAGGCCAGCCAGAGCAAUUCAGUGUCCCUCCAUGCUGAUGAGUGUUGGGAUCAGAGUGAUUUUUUAAAAACCCUCCUGCAAAUGUCAGGGUAAAGCUGAUCUUAAAGGGGUACAAAAUAUAUAAGCCUAAUUUUCUACUCAUCUGUUGUAUUCCACAAUUCUUUUACACUAGAGGGUAAGUUCUGUUUUCGUGUUUCUCUUAGCGUUAUUAAAUUUGAGAAUUUUUAAUAUAAGGGUAGUGUUCAUGUUGAUGAAGCAGAAGAGUUCUUAACCUUUCAGUAUAUUUAAAUGCAUUCCUUUGAGGGGUUUUGAGUUGGAAGCGCAGAAGUAGGAAGUGCAAGAACAAAGUAUUUGAUUGGACCAAUGUCAAGUAAGGUCAUGAUAGCCUCCAGAUAUUAUCAUUUCUGUAUAGUUAUAUCCAGAACCAGAUGCAGUAUUUAAUUGUAUGAUGUAGCCUUUGUCGCAACUAAGGCAAAAUUGAUUUUUUCUGGGAAUGUGUUUUGAAAUAAUUUUUAAUACAACAUACCAUAUAUGAAACUAGCUAAUUUGGAAAUAAUAAAUACAAAAUUGAUAACAGUUGUUUCAGUAGAUGUUGCACGGUCAGUAUGAGAGGGCCUUUAUAGUUUGCUUUCUGUUCAUUUUACUUUCUCUUAGAGUUGCUUGCAAUAUGAUGUUGAAGAAAAACCAAAACAGGAAGCAUUAUGGUACUAUCAGAACAUUACUCCUUAACUGUGUGAAGUUGUUGGACAAGGGUAGACAUCCUCAGGUAAGAAUUGUAUUCUGAGGCAAAUGUUCCCAAUACCAGUGACACCUAAAGGGAAAACACUUCAUGGAGAGAGAGGUCAUAACUAACCCCAUCAGAAUAGUUAAAUGAAUUAUGCAUUAGUCAUUUUAUUCCAAUGUACAAGUAUAGGCUGCAUAUGCCCUAAGCAAAGCAUCUGGAAAAUUUAUUAUAUUCACUCCUCUCUCUUGCUCUAUUCAGUUUCAGGAGAAAUCCCAAACCAUGUGCAUUUAGCAUUAUGUGAAUGAUCAGAAGCAAACCUUGGGCUCAAGCACUCCCGUUUUAGGUGGUUCAGUAGGAUGUGUAUUUGGGUAUGGGUGAUGAUCUAGGGGAGGGGUGAGUUGAAUGGCCAAGAGAGAAGGGAAAUUUGGCUUCUUGUAAACAUGGUGGUUUGCCUUCUGUUGGAGCAGAAAACUGGGUCAUCAAAAAAGUGGCUUAAUCUCUGCCUUGUACUCAGUUUCUUAAAAAGUCAGGUCCAUCUCAUUCAGUAUUGCCUAUAUUGCUUGCCAGUGACUCUCCGACAGGGGAGCCCUAAGUGCAGAUGCCAAAGACUGAAUCUGGGAACUGGUGUUUCUCUCCCCAAAAGGCCUGGCUGUUCUUUAUUCCCCUCCCACACUCCAGACAAGGCUGAUAGUUCCAUUUUUUUCUUCCUUUCCUAGCCCCUCAGGCUUCAUUUUUUUCUUCCUCACAUUAUCUACCUUUCCUUAACUUUUAAAGGCAUAAAACUUUUAAAGGCAUAAAAAUGUUGGUGUCUAUAACUUUGAGAAACCACUUGAAUUGAUCUUUCCCCUUUUCUGAAUAAAGAUUAUUGCUUCGGCAAACUACAUGCUCUCAGAACUGUUCCAGCUUGAUGAGCCAAAAAAAGAAGAGAGUGGUGAGUUCCCCUUAAAUGGAAAUUCUGAUGAAAGCUACAGUGAGGAGGAAGAGGAAAUGCCUGAUAGUGAUGAAAAUGGUUCCUAUAGUACCAGUUCAGAUCCUCCUGAUGACAACAAAGCAGUUGCUGUAAUAAAAUCAGUUGGAGAACUGUCUGUACCUGAAAAAUACAAAUCUACUCAUCAAAUACGUGUAAGUGUUAACUGGCUCAAUUGAGAUUGAAUUUUGUAAUAAGACAUAAUCGUGUUAAUUAGCAUACCUUUGCCAGGGAAAUUAGUAUGAGGUAAAGCUUUCCCUCAAAUGCCAGCUAUCACCACAAUACUAAAAAGGCAUAGAGGAAGGUGUAGUACAUUUUCACCAUAUAUAUGUAUUUGUCUUCCAUAGAAUAAUGUGUGGAAAGUGAAUAAUUUUUUCUUAAUAGUUUAUUUCUGAAGAUCGGGGGUUUUCUGAGUGAUGUUUUUGAGGAAAAUAGCCAGGGUCAAACUAGGGCAGUAGGUCCUGGAAAAUAGAUGUGGGUGCAGUAUGGUGCUUAUUUAAAUGUUUUCAGUCAGUCGUCAUUAGCUUAGCUUUAUUAUAUCCUAAUAAGAAUAUUGAAAGCCUGAGUCUAUAGCCCUUUUUAAAGAUUUAACUUUAUUGAGAACAUAAUAAUUGAUUAUUCCUCUAAUGGCUUCUGAUGAGAGGAAUUUCUAUUGAAUUCUUCUGAUUCAAUGGAGCUGUUUUCUUUUGUCUUUUCUGUUCAGCCUAGUUGUGCAUUUCCAGUUUGCCACGACACUGAAGAAAGGUGCAGACUAGUGCUCAACUAUGUUCUUGAGGUAAGUUUUGUUUUACUAAUUGUUUUAAUGCAUUGUAUCCUAACAUCCUUUGAAAAUGCAAAUAAUAACUAAAAGACUUUUUCUUUUUGUUUAAAACAGGGCUUAAAAUCUGUAGACAGCAGCAUCAAGAAGGAAAGUGAUCUUCCUGCAGCAGAUCCCAGCACUCCCAUUCCAUUAAAGUAUGAAGAUGAAUCAACAAGUGUUGGACCUGAGUGUCUUGAAAAGCAGAUGGCCUUGUUUUUAGACAAAAGUAAGUUUGUCUGACUCCCUCUUCUCAAAUUUAGUAGAAUGGUUAAAAAAAAUGCUUUUUGAUAUAGAUAUUUAAGUUCCUAUAAUUAACCUUUACCAGUUCACAUUCUAAAUUUUAAUUCAAAGAUUCCUAAGAAUGAAUUGCUUUAUUUUUUAAUUAUAGUGGGCUCAUUUCGGGAAGUUAAACAUUCUAGUCAGUCAGGAAUGAUCCCUGGAUCUUGGCAGUACAAAAUGAAGCUUCAGCUGAUCUUGAAAUCCUCAAAGGCUUACUAUGUUCUCUCUGAUGCUGCUGUGAGUCUUCAGAAAUAUGGGAGAGCAUUACGGUACAUAAAACUAGCUUUACAGUGCCAUGGUAAGUUGGAAUAUUUUUAUUGUAGGUUCUAGAUAUAAAAUGGCAAUUGGUUAUAAUACUCAGCCUAUGUCUGCACUCUACAUUCAUGAACAAGAAGGAGCUGCUAUGGACUUCCAUGUUUCCCUCCUCUCCUCCUCCUGUAGCUGGGAAAAGAACUUUGGUGGAGUUUAGAUUCACCAUCCAUGACACAUGACUUGUUACAUACAGACAAAAUGUUGUGUGUUAAACACUGGUUAGUUACAGAAGUCAGCUAUAUAAUCCAUGGUUUGUAGCUGACGUAUUUAGAAACUGGCCAGAGUUUGUUUCAGAUGGUCAGACCUAAUAAGGCCUACAGACUGGAGAUUUCCCAGCACUGUUUUAAAGCCUUCUUUAAAAUCACACUUCCAGUACAUUCCCUCUACACUCCGGUAUUUUGAAUUCAUGUGCCCUUAGAGAGAUUGCAAGGAACAUGUGAUGCAUUUUACCACAUUGAAUAAAAAGCUGAAAAGAAGAGGUGAUAUAGCCCCAGAACCUGAGUGUGUAAUGUUGCUCUAGCCCUGGGGUAGUCAACUUUUUAUACCUACUGCCCACUAAUGCAUCUUUCUUGAUGGUAAAAUUUCCUUAACCCCCACCAGUACUCAAUGGAAGGAGGAUUCAGCUUGUGCCGUAGAACCUCCUACCGCCCACCUAGAAUCCUGAAACGCCCACUAGUGGGUGGUAGGGACCAGGUUGACAACCCCUUCUCUAGCCAAUGUACAGUUGUCAUUAUAAUAUUUGAGAACACAGCUGUGCUUGGUACUGGCAAUCUAAGUUGACAACUUUGAAAUUGUAUAAAUAAGCAUGCAUACAUUAAUGCUUCCAGAAGAUGAGGAGGAAGAGGAUUUAUUGAAUUUAUAUACCAUCCUAUAUCUGGAGGUCUCAGGGCGGUUCACAGAAAAGAUCGUACAUGUGCACAGUUUCUUUGUGUGGCUUCAUAUCAAAAAGGUAUCCUGUUCACUGGCUUCCUUUCUUACUUCCCUCCAACUAGAUACAUAUUGCUGCCUCUGCACCAACAUGCUUUCUGAAGUACUCCUGUUUCUUUGUCAGAGUUUAACUCUUUGUGGUGAUAUCCAACUAAUGCUGGCCCAGAAUGCAAAUAACAGAGCUGCAUAUCUUGAAGAGUAUAACUAUCAGACAAAAGAAGAUCAGGAAAUACUACAUAGUCUUCACAGAGAAUCCAGUUGCCAAGGUGAUGAUUUAGCAUCUGAAAUACAGUGUAUUCAGCUAAUUGGUUCUUUAUUUACUCCUGAUAUUUAUACACCACAUUUCACUGUACAGGAUCACAAAGUGGUCUACACAACAAUCUGUAAAGCAAUACAUAAAAUAAUGCUUUGUUUAAAACCAAAGGAUACAGGUGGAACCAAAAGGUAAAGGUAAAAACAUAAGGGGCAUCAACACAGUUGUAGGUUGGGUUGUAUAUAUUUGUAGCAUAGUUUUUGGAAGGUCCUGUUCAUAAUAGGAGAGAGGUAUUUGCAGGUGGAGUCAACAUUCUUGGUCAAGAUGCUGCUGAUCCCAUCCUUUCUUCUUCCCUUGCUCUGUCUUCUUAAAAGACAUGACAAAUGCCCUGGACCAAAAUAAUAUUUGCAUAAACUUUAAAACAUAUCACACUUGGCAGAGGAUGGAGACCCUUGUUGGUUUCAUCCAUUGGCAGCAGUUUUUGCUAAAGGUCUCACUAAACUGUAAAUUACCAUGGCAUCUAAAUACAGACAGUGGUGAUAAGACUACACAAGACAAAUAUAGACAGUGCUGAAGUCCCUGUGGAAUGGUAGUUUUCACUCUCUGGGUGUCCCCUGCUUAAACUACUGAGUACAGGUGUUGGCUUCACAGCUGCAGGGUUCAGACAAUUGCUCCACUCCUUUGAGGAAUGGGGGUUAUGGGGCCAGGUGAGCUAGUCCUGCCCUUGUCACCAUGCCCCAUUUUCUGCAUGUAAAGAAGGGCCUCUGUGGGUAGCAAUCCUCUGUACAAGGGGAGUGCUUAACUGUGUGGCCCCACAACUGAACACCCACUCGCCCCGAAUAGGGCAUAGAGAGAAUUUCAUUAUUUCUAACCAUAUAGUAUCACUUUGCAAUGAAUGCUUGAGACACUUGUGCAGCAAUGUUCCAGACAGUACUCAAAAUGAAAAUGGCCACAGAAAGGUUUUUUCCGCAUUCAUAAAAUUAAAUCAAUAUAAAGUAUUUUUAUUACAAAACCAUUCAUUUUGCAGAGCUUUUAAAAGCUGUAAAGUUCUUUAUACACAGAUUAUAAUCUCUUGAGUAGCUUUUGUUAAUUGUUUCGAAUACACUUUUAUGGUUCUUUAGAAAUAGUGAUAUAGCAGAAAUUUACAGUGGUGUGUUAAUUUUCUCUUCUAGUAUUUUCUUGGGCUACUGACUUGUCUACAGAUUUGGAAUGCCAGCUUUCAAUUAGCUGCAAAUGCUAUGAGGCAGCUAAUGAAAUUUUGCUUUUUAGUAAUUUAAAAGGGCAGAAUCCAGAACAAUAUACACAAGUGCUGAAGAGAAUGGGUAACAUCCGAAAUGAAAUUGGAGUAUUUUACAUGAACCAAGCUGCUGCUUUACAGAGUGAAAGAGGGGGCAAGUAUAUAUAUCUCUUUCUAUUUAUACACACACACACACACACACAGUUUUCUACUGGUGUUUUAAUUUUUUUUCGAUAUAGGACUUUAAUUAUCUGAAAAGAAGACUAGAACUGGAAGAUAUGGUGAAGCUCACCUAAUCAUGGUUUAUUGUGCGGUACAAAGCAAAUUCAGUUUUUGGAAACUGCAAUAUAUAUCCUAAGGCUAAUUGAAACAAAAGCCCUGCAGUGGUGAUGGAACCACUUCCAUCACAAGGGACCGGUUCAGACUUAACAUUACCAUUGCCAACCACAGCAAAAUGAUUGGGAACAGGGGAUUUGAUCUUCUUCUUCUUCUCCGCCGCCUCCUCCUCCUCCCCCUCCUCUCCUGACACUUUCCUUGAAUGCCAAGCUGUGUUCAAAUCUAGCUUAAUACAGAACUUGCAUUAGUGGUAAUCAUUACUAAUGUUUAGGUUACUCAUAGUAAUUUAUUUAAAAACUGACAAAUAAAUUUGAACCUUUUUGCUGUGGGGUGGGGUAAACAGAUGCAGUGUGUGGCCCUGCAACCCUGUGCCAUUCCUUUAUCAUAGGUAAGGGACAGGCUGCAUUACAUCUGCACUGGCCUGUACAAUUGCUUGGCACCAACACCUGGAAUUAAUUGAACUGAAGAUAAGGAUUUGAAACAUUUUUUCUCUCUAAAUUAGUGCUGACAUAUAAGCUAGAGGCCUAGAUUUUGUUUUUGUUUUUUUCAGUCUGUAUGCUAUAAAUAUGACCAAUAGUGUUUUCGGGUACAUUGUGCAGAAAAGGUAGACGAGAAUAUGUACCAUAGGGAAGAUUGUCAUAGAAAAUCAUAUAGGCUAAAUGUUUCUUUAUAACCAGGCCUUUGGCUGAUUAAGCAUUCUAUAGGCUUUUCGGUGUGUUUGUGGGAGGUGGGGUUAUUGGUUUGCUUUUGUUUUAUUAUGUAUUUUGUGUUCUCAUUUUGUAUUUGUAUGUUGUGAACCUUUGGAUAAAGGUCAGUAUACAAAUUUAAUAAAGGAAGAAUUUCCCUGUUGAGCACUAGUUUCUUCAACAGGAUUUUGCUAAAUUUGAAUAUAAUUAGUUAUUUAUAGUGAGGGGGGAACUAAAAUCACUUUGUUUUUAAAUGUUUUUUAAUGCUGGAGUAGUUGGUGAAAUAUUCUCUUUGGAGGCAUCUUCCCUUUCUGGAGGCAAUUGUCCUUAUGGGUUUUAUAAAAUUACAUUUAGGUCCUUUAAUGUAGCACUUUUUGAGCCACUAUAAAUAAGAAAAUACAGUUCUCGCUGGCAGCCAUCUUGGAAGCCAUAUUUUUGAGAAGAAAGACUGUACUUAAAUUUGAGAAUGGCAUUAAAAUAGCUAAUCCAUGGAAGUACACAUACUACUGAUUUCUUAAAAUGUACCUCUUUCUCUUUCUGCUGUCUAGAGAACAAAACUGUAUCUGCAGCAGAACAGCAACUUUGGAAGAAAAGCUUCUCUUGUUUCGAAAAAGGGAUUCAAAACUUUGAAUCCAUUGAUGAUGCAACCAAUGCUGCUCUUCUCUUGUGUAAUAUGGGAAGAUUAAUGCGGAUUUGUGCUCAUGCUCACUGUGCUGCUGCAGUAGACUUCAAAAGAGAAUUUUCCCAUGAAGAGGCUCUUUAUUAUAAUAAGGUAACAACCACCCCAAUCAUCUUAAGCUGAUUGCAAUUCCUAGAUAGAAGAGUAGGUCUCUACUGUGAUUAGUGGAUGCCUAGACAUACAGAAAUCCUAUGUUGCCUUUUUGAAAUGAAUAUUUAUUGAGUAUUUCUGUCUUGGAUUUAGAUUAUAUGUCUAUGUAAGUUUAGUUCCAAAAAUAUAAGAAAUGUUUACAGUGGUACCUCAGGUUAAGUACUUAAUUUGUUCCGGAGGUCCGUUCUUAACCUGAAACUGUUCUUAACCUGAAGCACCACUUUAGCUAAUGGGGCCUCCUGCUGCUGCCACGCUGCCGGAGCACGAUUUCUGUUCUCAUCCUGAAGCAAAGUUCUUAACCUGAAGUACUAUUUCUGGGUUAGCGGAGUCUGUAACCUGAAGUGUAUGUAACCUGAAGCGUAUGUAACCCGAGGUACCACUGUACUAGAAUAGGGAUGAAAUAAGCUUUCACUCUGAAGAUCCAUUUCAUAUUCCUUUUCCACUGGCUCAUUUCUACAAGUUACUGCUUGUAUAAUUGGUCUACUCAUGAGAAUAAUGUGAUGUCAGUUAAGGAUCUUACGGAACUCUCAGUGGCAGCUCAGUUGUAAUGAGAGGCGGCUAUUGUGUUCAUGCCCUGCUUUCCUAAGGCAUCCAUGAGAAUGCAUUGUUGGACUAGAUGAGACUUUGGGUUGGUACAUUCUUAGCUUUUUUGGUUGUGCUUUUUUGCAUGCCCUGUAGCCUUCCUCAUGAAAGAUGCAGCUAAAACAUCUGUGGGUACUCUUAUCUGAUGUUACUUAAUACUUAUUUGAGUAAUCUGCUAGUGUAAAUAGGCAAGUAAAUAUUCUGAACCGACAUGGUCUCACCAAGUUAAUCAAAACUUUCUUGUUUAGAAUCAAACCCUUGAUACUGAGGGGAACAAUAGAGACCAUGGUUAGUGGACAUGUACUUCUCACAGAGUUGUUCAGCCUGUUUUUACUUUUAUAAAAGGUACUGCAUUGGGGGGACAAGUAUAGGAGGUUCAGAUUGCAAUUGAGUUCAUUGGAUAAUGUAUGGAGAAUAUUUAAAUUAGCAGUGAAAAUGUUCACUUAUCAGUGUACAUGCUGCCAGAGGGGCUAAAAUACUAGAGUGAUAAUUAUGUUUAAUAAUAGGUCAUAAGCUGUUCAAUUAUUGCAGACACCCUGUAUUCAGAAUCAAUAAGUAUUCAGUACCUACUAUGUGCCUUGACGUAAAUAUUAGUAAUGAAUACAAGCCUGUCAACAACUUAUUUUACUAUUCAAUGAUUGAAUUCUGUAGGCUGUUGACUACUAUCUGAAGGCCUUGAGGUCCCUGGGUGAAAGGGAAGUUCAUCCUGCUGUUUGGGAUUCUGUCAACUGGGAGCUGUCUACCACCUACUUUACUAUGGCAACUCUGCUGCAAGAUUAUGCUCCCUUAUCCAGAAAGGCUCAAGAACAGGUAACUGUGUGUGUGUGUGUGUGUGUGUGUGUGUGUGUGUUGUGUGUUUGUGUGUGUUUUAAGAACUAACCAUUCCUGUAGCACUUAAAAUAGAAAAAAGGAAGAAUGACUCAGAUUCAUGUUGAAUACAGUGGUACCUCGGGUUAAGUACUUAAUUCGUUCUGGAGGUCUGUUCUUAACCUGAAACUGUUCUUAACCUGAAGCACCACUUUAGCUAAUGGGGCCUCCUGCUCCCGGAGCACGAUUUCUGUUCUCAUCCUGAAGCAAAGUUCUGAACCCGAGGUACUGUUUUUCAGUUUGCGGAGUCUGUAACCUGAAGUGUAUGUAACCCAAGGUACCACUGCAUAGCAUUUGAAACAUCAAUAGAAAAAUUAGGUGAUCAUGAUGAUGAUUGCUGCAAGAAUGGUUUCUUUCUUAGCUAUAUAGGCUUUUUACUUACCUUGAGCAAAUACUAUUGCAUGCAUCCCUGUCCUUUCUGAAGCCCACACUCUGGUAGCAGCCAUAUGUAUCUAUGAUGACAGAUCAAUGGUAGAUUGUGGCAUCCUGCAUAGUGUUGUACAAAUGUUAAUUAUUCUUUGAUGAUCUCUCGUAGCCGAGUAAGAUUGUCUACCAUGAAUUUGGUCUUAACAGUGUGUCCGUGACUGUAGAGGCCAAUUCUGGAUCCACGCGUCCUUCCACAGUGGAGACAUAGGUUCCCAGGCAGGAGUUGAUCACUGCGAAGAUUUGCCUUCCUCUUAGCAUGUUUUUCCCUUUCAUCCUGAGUUUGUGCUUCUUCAAAGUCCAUGACGCCUUUGGUAAAGGCUAUUCUCCAAUUGGAGCACUCACAGGCCAGUGUUUCCCAAUUAUCUGUGCUUAUACUGCAUUUUUUUAGAUUUGCCUUGAGAGCAUCUUUAAACUUCUUUUGUUGUCUACCGGCAUUUUGUUUUCCAUUCUUAAGUUGGGAAUGGAGUAGUUGCUUUGGAAAAUGAUAAUCAGGCAUCCGAACAGCAUGCUCAGUCCAGUGAAGUUGAUGUUGAAGAAUCAUUGUUUCUACACUGGUGAUCUUUGCUUCUUCCAGUACACUGACAUUAGUUCACCUGUCUUCCCUGUAUAAAUGUUAUGGGCGUAGGAGCAGUAUUUCUUAAUUUUUCUUAUUCAUGAAAAUAAAUAAUGCCAAAUACUCUAUUUUGAGAAAUUCAUGUAUUGCAAGGUAUUACAAAUUACAAAUUUUGAAAGCUUUUUCUUUGUGUGUUAGAUAGAAAAAGAAGUUAGCGAGUCAAUGAUGAAAUCCUUGAAAUAUUGUGAUGUUGACACAGUGUCUGCACGGCAGCCCCUUUGCCAGUACCGGGCAGCUACAGUUCACCACAGGCUGGCUUCCAUGUAUCACAGCUGUUUGAGAAACCAGGUAUUUGUCCAAAGAGAACCUACAAUAAUGUGUCUCUGAUGGUGCACACUUAAUAUACAUUGGUUAGUAUAUAUCUCAUAUGUAAACAGAGGGGGCAUAUUCUUUUAUUUUUUAAGCAUAGGUUUGUUACAUUUUUUAAAGUGUGAAUUUCUGACUUGUUGAUUUAUGAUUGAUUUAUGGCCACAUCAAUGUCUGCAUGACACUAUUGGUUUUUCUAGUAGUUGGUAAACUUCUUUUAUUCUCAGUAAUUAUGCUAGCCUUGAUACAUCAGCAGUAGCCUCAUUGUGUGGUACUCUGGCAGGAAGAUGUUACUACAUCCAGUAGGUUUCUAAACAUAUUUAAUAGCACGUAUAUUUUUAUAAAAAGAAUCUUGUAAAAUAGUCACAAGGAGAAAUUGAUUUCAUAUGCUUCCUGCUAAACAUGUAUUUUCUGUAAAUAUUUAAGCAGUUAUGUAGUAAGCAUUGUUAAAGGGGGGGGAUAUGCUUUACCAUAAUACAUAAAACUAUGCUUUUUAUUCACCUGAACAAAUUUUAAACAAUAUUUUUUUGUUAAAGGUUGGUGAUGAACAUCAGCGGAAACAGCAUAGAGUACUAGUAGAUCUUCAUUACAGUAAAGCUGUGAAGUUUUUUCACCUCCUGAAGGAUGUGCCAUGUGAGCUUCUUCGCGUACAGCUGGAAAGAGUAGCAUUUGCAGAAUUUCAGAUGGCAAGUAAGUUGAACAGUUGCUCUAUUCUGAAUAAAUAUUAUCCAAACUUUUUUUCCAAAAAUAACUGAUGAACAGCAGUUCCCUGGGAUGAAACAGAAUUUGCUAAUUGGUUCACUGGACUUGUCUUAAACUCAAAAUAUUAUUAGACAAAGAAUUUGGUAAUUGACAAGUACUUAGUAUAUUAAUAUCAUUCUUAUCUACUUCUAGGUCAAAAUAGCAGUGCUGGAAAACUAAAGACUUUGUCUGGGGCUUUGGAUAUAAUGAUAAAGACCCAGUCUGUGUUUCAGCUCAUUAGAAAGGAACUUGUUGCUGAAUUUGAACAGGUAAACUACUUAUUAUUAUUAUUAUUAUUUAGAUGUUUGUGGUUCUGUCAUGUUACAUGAUUAUUUACACUGGUUUAGAAUUGAGUAAAAUAUAUGUGUUUGAAUGGUUGUGUUAUACUUAAUGUCUGUAUUUUUAAAUACCCCCCAGCAGCUUUUUAAAAAUUUCCCUAUAAUUACAUAAUUACAUACAUGUGCUGAUACUUAACUCUUUGUUUGUUUGUUUGAGUAAAUCUGUAUACUACUUUUCAAAACCAAAGAUGCUCCCCAAAGCAGCUCACAGUGGUUUUUUUGUCCUUUCUGUUUAGAGACUUGAGGAUAACAAAAGCAAUGUAGAAAGUGUGCCUGCUGAAGACUCAUCCACUAGCCUCAAUAAGGAGGAAAUUGUAAAACUCCUUGGUAUAUUUGAGUCUCGGUUGUCUUUCCUCCUUCUUCAGUCCAUCAAACUGCUUACAUCAACUAAAAGGAAAGUUGGGUAAGUCAGUAUAUGGUACUAUUUCUCUUAACUUCUUUACUUUGCAUGAAUUGUUUUUUAUUGUGCUUUGGAUCCAAACUAUAUCAUUUACAGAAAAAGAGUAGCAAUAGCAUUGUUCUGCAGAGUUCACUCAGUGCUAUAGCAGAUGAGGUUUGUAGUAGUACUACAUAAACAGACCCAUUUGGGGAUAUAGUUUUUUGUGCAUUUCUUGCACAACCCUGUAGAAUGAUGUGUAAAAGAUUCGUUCCUUGAAGAGCAUAUUGACAUCUAGCCAAGAACUUUGUUUUGUCUUUUAAGCCUAUUGUGUAUUGCAGGGCUGUCCAACUUCCAAGAGACUGCAGUCUAUUCCCACUAUAAAAAAACUGCCAGUGAUCUACCCAAUGGAUUGACCAAAGUUGUUUUUUAGGGAGCCAAAGCUGUUGAGCUCCGCCCCCCUUUGCUACAUUGGUGAGGGUCCAAAGGCAGACCAGAAGCUAACUCAGACAUCCCACAAUCAUCCAGUAUAUCGUGAUCGACCUGUAGGACACGCCUGGUGUAUUGUAUUAAUUUUAUGUUUGGCGUAUUUGGGAAAAUGUUUUGUGUAUUGGCCUUUCGUGGUGAUACCAUGUAUUCAGUUGGGAAUGGAGAAGAAUUGGCAUUGAUGUUUCUGUAGGAAAGGCAUUACCAUUGCUUAUGGUGCCUACAAGGAUCAAGCAAUCUCUCUUUACCUGCACUUACAAUAAUAAGCCUGCAGCUCAGGAGGAGGAGGGAGGAAAAGAGAGUAAAUAAAACGCAUGCUGUUGCUGUGAGGUAAAGCUCACUCUGUAUGUAAGAGCUGGUAGAUAGUACAAAAUAUCUGUUGUUUUUCCCAGCUUCAAGAUUAUGUUAUGUUCUUAGAGCUAGGCAAAAAGAAAAUUGGGUUUUGAUUUUUAUUUGUGCAAGGAAAUUGCAAGAGUAACUUGUGUGCUAAAUAUAGUAUAGCAUGUGUGCUAAAUAUAGUAUAGCAACUACAGUAUUCCAAGUGUAAAGAAGCUUCAUGGGGCAAGAUGAUCAAUACACGAUAGGACAGAGUAAUAGCAGAGUGUUUGCUGUGCUUCUCUUUUUUCAGUUUUUGUAUUAGAAUUCUGAGUCUCCACAAGGUGGCAGUAUAAAUACAGAAGGCCAAAACGUAGGGGUUGUUUUUUUCCAGAGUAACUCGUUUACUAUAUAAUAUGUUAGCACUUGUAAUUGUUCAUGGUGUAGUAUAUUGUGCAGAUUUGGAAAGGCUAAUAAUGUCAUGGAAAAAUAUUUAGAUUUUUGUGUAUUCUACUCUUUGAAUUACUAGUAAUUCUCUUUAGCUUUUUCUAAAGCCUGGGCACAUCAAUCCCAGCUACAUAAUUUUUAAAUAUUAAUUUUUCAAGCUUUCCAAAAAUGACAGCAGAAGGGUGCUGUAGCCAUUUCAUUGUAUCUGGAGCUGCAUCAGAAUUGUACUUCUGCCAUAUCUGUGCUCAGUUUCCUCAACCUCAUAAUGUUGUCAUUUAUUAUUACCAUGUAUUUAUUUAUAGACAAAAAUGGUUUCAUGGUGAUUGCAGGAGUAUAAAACAAGUAGAAAACAACAUAAUUAUAAUUAAAACAAAAGAAACAAAACCCAGUGAUCCAGUAUUAAAUCUCCCUCCCUCUCUCUCUCUCUCUCUCUCUCUCUCACACACACACACACACACACACACACACACACACACAAAUACAAAUAUACAACAACAGCAUGAUCACUAGCACAAUUUUCAACAGGGUCACACCCGUUUUUUCCUGGCAAAGCUUGUCAUGCAGGGCAACCAAGCCAGUUUUAGUGCAGAACUCAUGUCUAAACCCUGAUUGAAAUAGAGCCGGACAAUUAAGUCUCAUCCAAAAGUAGCCACAGAGAAUACUGCUCAAAGGAUAGGUUUUGCCUGCAUGCUAUAAUUAUCCUUUAUUAACUGACAUUUUAUCAUCUUCAGUCUCCUUCAGUGGGUAUGAUGUCAUAGUCCUGCCUUUUUAUAAAUACAAAUGAGUUUUUAGAUCUUACUCUAUUUUAGUUUUAUGUUUGUUUAUGCUUACUUCUUGUAAAAAAAGAACUAAUUAAAGUUCAAUAAGUAAUGAUAAAUGAUGCUGUUGUAUAGUACCCCUAUAUAUCAACAAGAGCAAGGGCCACUGUAGUAAUAUUACGGCUGCCAGGGACUGCUGCUCCCUGGGACUAUGGUUGGAUCUGAGUGUAUGGUCACCACUUGUGGUUAUGUGUCAGACGCGGGUGGCAUUGUGGUCUAAACCACUGAGCCUCUUGGGCUUGCCGAUUGGAAGGUCAGUGGUUCGAAUCCAUGCAACGGGGUGAGCUCCUGUUGUGCAGUCCCAGCUCCUGCCAACCUAGCAGUUCGAAAGCAUGCCAGUGCGUAAAUAAAUACCGCUCUGGUGGGAAGGUAAACAGUGUUUCCAUGCGCUGCUCUGGUUUCAGUGUUCCAUUGCGCCAGAGGCAGCUUAGUCAUGCUGGCCACAUGACCCGGAAAAACUGUCUGCAGACAAACGCCGCCUCGGCCUGAAAGUAAGAUGAAGCGCUGCAACCCCAGAGUCGCCUUUGAGAGGACUUAACCGUCCAGGGGUCCUUUACCUUUUACCUAUGUGUCGGUGCUGGGAUAUUACCAGCUAGUAAUACUGUGGCCUCGUAAGCUUGAGUUGUUAGGCAUUUUGUAGGGGAAUCAGCUUAAUAUUGAAUGUGGUGAUCCAGUUCACACAAGCACACAAUUACUCAGGAGUUACUGAUUUGCAGCUGAAUGUAUGAACAGACACUGUUUAAAGCAUAAUUCUAAAGUGCUGUGUGUGAUUGUGUGCUCCUCCACAGUUGAAUCACAAAGUCACGAUGUGAUCAUUACAGCAUGUUUUUAGUCAGUUGAUAAAAGAGAGGCAUCCCUAAUAGAAAAGAGGACACAAAGGGAAGUAGAACAGAAUUGCUAUAAAGGACAAAGCACAUUGGUAUAUAUAGUCACUGUGCCAUGUUGAAUGUGUGCUCAGAAAGUUAAAUUGGCUUAGAGAGCUAAGGUCACUUUCAACUCCAUUGUGAGGCUUCUAAUGGACCCUUUGAGUUAAUAAUUCUGUAGUGAAAGAUCAGGGGUGUAAAGAGGUAAGCCUCGUCAGACAUUUGAUUGUGUUUUCUCCCUUGCUGCUAAAUGUUUGGAACACCUGAAGCUUUUAACUAUGAGAAUGUAACUGCAGACAAAUUGGGGUGGGGGGGAGAGUGGUAUCUCCAGAAUGGGGUGUUUAGCUAGGAGGCUUAGAUAUUGAGAACUACUAACCAGCUUUAUGUAUCAUUUGGAAUGCAUAUGCAUCAUCAGUGGAAUAUCAAUGCAUAAACCAUCUAUAAUAGAGCAAUGCAUGGAUAAAAUAGCUGCUCUCUCAAUUAUAAAAUAACUUUGCUGUUUGGCAAUGAAACAGUUUUAAAACACUUAUUAAAAUAAAUACUUAGUUCUGGAUAUUCUAAUAGAAUUCAUUGGAAUUUUAAAUUUACUAACUGGUUUGUCUGCAUAAUAAAUAAAGCUGUCAAUUCUAUUUGCCAAAUGUUAGGAAUUUAAUUGCUUCUUGUUUUCUUGGAUCAAAGUAUUUCCAGUGGCAAUGCUUUCUCUGUAUAGUUCUGGAUAAUGCCAGCUGUGGCAGUUGUUCAUUUUUGAGCACAUUUUAUUAGUGUCUAAAAAGAGAUGGAGAGCUUGCACUAACAAAAGCAAAAGAUCUAAGCUUAUUCAACACACCUGAGUUCCUCUGACAAUUAGCAUUGUGAUGAAGCAUGAUGAAAGAGAAAGGUUUUUCUAAAAAGUAUUAAUGUAGAGGUACACAGAGGCUGGUGCAUACAAUGAGCUAUUGUGGUGAACCCAAGUAGUUGAAAAAUAAGUUGCCAUUAAAGGAGAAUGUAAUAAAUGGAAAGAUUCAACCGUGACAAAAGUGAGAUUCCAUUAGUACUCGGAAAGUGUAAGUGUUGCACACUUUUGAGUUGCACUGAUGAGAACAUGAAAAACAGGAUAAAUGGUAUUUGCUCCAGGUGGAAGGAGGAUGAAUUGUGGUCCUGCUGUCUCCCAAGGGUUACUGCUCAGCUAAAUUCCCCUCUAUUUGCUCACAGUACAGGAUCUUCCCUUGCACUUAAACCUAUUUUCCUAUGAUAGAGGUAAGGGAAAGAAUAUGCUAAUAGGCCCCUUGUGUCCGCAUGAUUAAGGAGGAUGUGGUAGUGGUAAAAGUCUAAGUGGAUAGGUUUUGAUCCAACAUACUGCAAGCAGAGUUCUGCCACCCCAAAGAAAGCUGCUCCUAGGGUAAAGGAUGUGACACAAGAGGCUUCAUUUGGCAGGGCGAAUAUGUAUAAAUCAGGGGAUCUUCUCUUUGCACAAAUAAACAUGCAUCUCACACACAUUAUUGCUCUGUUGGAGCCAAGCCAUUAUCUGCAGACUUUGUUUAUGCAUCAAGUACUAGAUUAACCUAGUUCCCCCCUUUCUUCCAGAGGUAACAGUGAAGAAGAAGAAAUUCUUAAGACCAAUAAGAAUGUUUAUUCACUUCUCUUGCGAUCAGCAGCAAAUAAAAACCUGACUCUGCUAGAAAGAACGGAAGUUGUUUUAAACUUAUUGGAAAAGCUGACUCAGGAUAAUGAAGGCAAUAUUCUGGGAAUUCAGUGACCCACCUUAAUGCUUGUACAUGUUGCAACCAUUGAAUCAGUGCCUUGCUCAAAAAGGGAUUUGUGGUUCUCUUCCAUAGAUCGCCUGCUUUAUUUAUAUUGUUCCAUAUUUAUAAGUUUGUACAGUUGGAAAAUAAAACUAUUGUUACCCUUUGAAUGCUGUUAUGAAUUAGCAUAUAUUUUUGUUUUUACACUUCUGGGUUUGUUUUGAAAUGCUCAAAGAGAAAUGUACAGUUAGUUUAUUUAAUCUGAACUGUAAUGGGCUUUGUAUUGUUGCAAAGCAGAAUGGUUUUGCUAACACUCUACUCUGUUUCACCAGGGGUGGGGAACAUGGGCCCCCACAGCUGUUGUUGGACUCCCAACCCUCAGCAUUUGUGACCACUGGCUGCAUUGGCUGGGCCUGAUGGGACCUGGAGUCCUGUCACAUCUCAAAGGCCACAGAUUCCCCACCCUUGUGUUACAGCAAAAGUCCCCUUUGCUGUUUCUUUCCACUAUGCAUUCUCUGCUAAGCAAAACGUCCGUGAAAGGCACAUGCCAGCAGUAUUAAUUAAAACCAUAACAUUACAAUUACAGAUUCCUCCAAAAAUGUGCCUUUUGCACUUCAAUGCAAACACUUUAAAUAGACAUUACUCUGAAAAAUGAAAUGGGCUUGUUUGUACCUCACUGUCACUUUUUCAGAAAUGUGAAUAAACAGUUGUAUAUUGAAGAAAUUUUAUUAAAAAUUUAUCCCAGUGGUCAGCAUUUCA